AUGACAUCGCAAAUUUUUACUAAGAAGAAAUCGAAGCCUAUAACACCAACACCAUUAUCACAUGUGAUACAGUCGAAAUCACCGGAUAGAACUGGAUCACGUUCGUCAACUUCCGCAUCAUCUAAUGUUAGUCGUUCACCGCGUCCAAGAAGUAAAGCAAGCAGUACAUCAAUUAGAAACGUAAUGCAAGAUAACACAACAACAACAACUACUACUACAACCACAACAACAACAAAUGCUGCAGUCGUAUCAUCGAAGCGUUUGGUCCGAAAAGGCUUAGAAGUUUCACCGGCAAUGCUGGAAUUUUUCGGGAUGAAACCAAUUACACAUCCAAAUGCGUGUUUUCAAUUUAUGGAAGAACGUGAUGUACCAUCGUCUAAAAAAGAUAAAACAUGUGGAGAAGCAACGAAAGGCAAUCUUUCAACUACUACAAGUGGUAACAGUAAUGCGGAUGAAGUAGCUGAAAACAGACAUAUGAAAGGAUAUGAAAAAUAUUUGGGAGAACCAGGACCAGAGCAUUUUCCUGGUGUGGAAAAUGGAAAAGAGGAUACAAGUGAUCGUUAUAUGGAUAAUAUGAUUCAAAUAAUAAUGGAUGAAAAAGAGAAAGAGAAAGAAAUAGCAUUAGGCCAAAUGAUGAGUAGUAUAUCGAGAGAAGAAAUAAAACGACUUGCCAAGAAUAGCUUAGGCCAUGAGUAUCAACAAACACAUGAGCCUGGUCCGGAAUAUUUCAGCCGUACGACUGAUGAUGAGAAUGGAACGACUAAGAUAGAUGAUGAAGGGAUAGAGAGCAAUGGCUUACCAAUAUCGGCUAUACGAGCUGAAGUGGUAAGUCGUGGUGCACCAGCUGCAGCAUGUAAUAUAGCAAAAGAAGGCGGAGGCAUCGAAGUAGACGCAUUAAUGAUGGUGACAACGAAUGCGACAGCGGAUGCGAUGAAAUCAUCAGUUGAAGGAGUAGCAGCAGUAGCAGUAACACUAGCACCACCAGCAUCAGCAACAAUAACAACGACAACAAUAAUACCGGUAACAGAAACAUCAAUGGAUUCCGGAAGCGGUGGUACAUUUGGAGCUAUACUUAUUAAGGGCGCACAAAUUAUUAAUGAUGAUUCAAUCUAUAUAGCUGAUGUACUCAUCCAAGAUGGCAUCAUCCGGGAGUUGUCGAGUAAGAUCCAGGAACCACAUGGAGCACAGAUUAUUGAUGGUACCGAUAAAGCAUUAAUGCCUGCGGGUAUCGAAAUUUAUACGGAAUUCUCAUCACUAGAUUCUGCAGAUGAAUUCGAAACCGGUUCAAAAGCUGCAUUAGCUGGUGGCACCGCUACGAUAAUUGAUGUAAUCCAACCAAAGCCACAAGAAACAUUACUUAAUGCAUAUGAUCGUUUAUGCAAAGUUGCGCAAUCAAAAUCAUUGUGUAAUGUUGCAUUCAGUGUAGUAAUUUCCGAAUGGAAUGAUAUGAUUAGAAAAGAAAUGAAUACAUUAGUACAUGGCAAAGGCAUUAACAGUUUUAUUAUUAAUAUCCAGAAGGAUGAGCAACUUUUUGAGAUUUUGGAGUACUGUCGAAGUCUUAGAGUUCAUGCUCGUAUGAUUCCGGAAAAUAAAGAUAUCAUUGCUUUGUUGGAAAAACGAGUACGUGCAUCUGGUAUUAGUGAUACGGAAUGUUUCCAUCUUUCAAGACCGGAAGCGCUUGAAGCAGAUAUGGUCAAUCGUAUUUCUGUACUUUCUAAAUUGACUAAUUGUCCGGUUGCAGUGAUGUCGUUAUCUUCUCCAGGAGCUGCUGAAGUUUUGCUGCAACAACGUAGUAAUAUGCUUAUACCAGAGAUUCCCGUAACAGCAUUAGAUGAUGAAGAAAGCAAUUCAGCAUUGCAUACUUCAUGGAGAUAUGCUAAAUCACCUUCUGCAGUUAUAUCUUGUUUUUCUAAUUUACCAUUAUGCAUUUGUACAUCUGGUCGUUGUAAAAUGCGAAAAAAGGAUUCGGCCAUGGAAAAUUUCGCUCAAAAUGCCAUAUCCGCAGUGGAAGAAAGAAUGUCGAUGUUGUGGGUCAAAGGUGUCUUAUCGGGAUUGAUCGAUCCGAUGCGUUUCGUUGCUAUUACUAGUAGUAAUGCUGCUAAAGUGUUUAAUCUUUAUCCCAAAAAGGGAAGAAUUGCCGUUGGAGCAGAUGCGGAUUUGGUUUUAUGGAAAUUAACCAUGACGCAUCAAGCGUGCACUCUAAAUCAGCAUCCGUCGGUUUUCAAAAUGUCGACUGCCCACUCGAAACCUGUAAUGACCAUUUGUGGUGGACGAAUUGCUUACAGCAAUGGAAAGUUCGACAUAGAACGAGGUAACUUGAUGGGGCUUGGAUCGCAUUCUCCCUAUUUAUACUGUAUGUUGGAGCAGUUGGAAGGGGUGCAACUUAAUGGUGGCAUGAAUGACAGUAUAGCAUCGUAUAGCAAUCAUUCAAAUCUUAAAGAGAAUUGGAGUAAUAGUAGCCGAUCAUUUCCUGUGAAAAGCGUACAAAAGCAACAGUUCGAUUCAGUUUAUUCCGCAGCUCUCGAAGACACACGUGGUAUGCGUGCAUCCACAAAAGUACUGAAUCCACCAGGUGGACGUUCUACGGGAUUCUGGUGA